CCGCAAAGCCUCCCGCGGGGGAGAACGGGAGCUUGCUAGCAAGGAGACUCCGGGCUAGGGUCGCCGCGGGAAUUCGCAAGCCUUUGAAUCUGCGUGGCGUUGGGCUCAGGAGCCGGGGCUACUUAUCCUGCCAAGGGAUCCCAGGACAGGGACUGGGGAGUGUGGAGGGUGUGCACAGUUGCCUUUUUCUUUUCUUUUAUUUUUUUUAGAGGGAGGGGAUAAACCUGGUAGGAGAAUGGAUAAAAUACUAGCUAAACGUUAAUUUCUGAUGCGAAGAACAGAGUAACAAUUUCAUAUUGUUGCUCCAUUAGGUUAACUUCACUUUUGAAUGCUCAGUUUUGAAAGUGGCUAGCGUGCUUGGUAGAACUUGACUGAAUUCAAGGGUGAGCGUUUGACCCACCUAAGUGCUUUUUAUUGAAGAGCGCUGUUCAACCACUUUUCACGAUGGAGGUUUUGAAGGCUUGUGUGCUUAGAAGUGCAUGUACUGCGGCUUGCUUCUGGAGAAGCAAGCUUACACAGAAGCCUUCAGUCAGGAAGAUUAGUACUACCUCUCCAAGGAGCACUGUCAUGCCUGCGUGGGUGAUAGAUAAGUACGGGAAGAAUGACGUUCUUCGACUCAAUGAGAACAUGAUGUUACCUAUCAUACAUUACCCAAACGAAGUUAUUAUAAAAGUCCAUGCUGCGAGCAUAAAUCCUAUAGAUGUUAAUAUGAGAAGUGGUUAUGGAGCAACAGCUUUAAAUAUGAAGCGUGAUCCUUUACAUGUGAGAACCAAAGGGGAAGAAUUUCCCCUGACUCUGGGGCGGGAUGUGUCUGGUGUGGUGAUGGAGUGUGGGCUUGAUGUGAAAUACUUCAAGCCUGGGGAUGAGGUCUGGGCUGCGGUUCCUCCUUGGAAACAAGGCACUUUCUCCGAAUUUGUCGUCGUCAGUGGGAAUGAGGUUUCUCACAAGCCCAAAUCACUCACUCACAUUCAAGCUGCCUCUUUGCCCUAUGUGGCUCUCACGGCCUGGUCUGCCAUAAACAAGGUUGGUGGCCUGAAUGACAAGAACUGCACAGGAAAACGGGUUUUAAUCUUGGGCGCUUCCGGCGGGGUCGGUACUUUCGCGAUACAGGUGAUGAAAGCAUGGGAUGCUCACGUGACGGCAGUUUGCUCUAAAGAUGCCAGUGAGCUUGUAAGGAAGCUUGGGGCAGAUGAUGUAAUUGAUUACAAAUCCGGAAGUGUAGAGGAACAGCUAAAAUCCUUAAAACCGUUUGAUUUUAUCCUUGAUAAUGUUGGCGGAUCCACGGAAACAUGGGCUCUAAAUUUUCUUAAGAAAUGGUCGGGAGCCACCUAUGUGACGCUGGUGACACCCUUCCUCCUGAACAUGGACCGCCUGGGCAUCGCAGACGGCAUGCUGCAGACCGGGUUCACUGUGGGCAGCAAGGCGCUGAAGCAUUUCUGGCAAGGAGUCCAUUAUCGCUGGGCCUUUUUCAUGGCCAGUGGUCUACAUCUAGAUGAAAUUGCAGAACUAGUAGAUGCGGGAAAGAUUCAGCCAGUUAUUGAACAAACCUUUCCUUUUUCUAAAGUUCCGGAAGCCUUCCUGAAGGUGGAAAGAGGACACGCACGAGGAAAGACUGUAAUAAAUGUCAUUUAAAUAAAUGCCCUGUGCGUUAGUCA